AUGGGUGUCACACCUUUCCACUUGGUGUAUGGGGGUGAGACAGUCAUUUCCGCCGAAGUCGGAAUAGAAUAUGAUCGGGUGCAGCAGUAUGAUGCGGACAACGCCGAGCGAAGACAACUGGAGUUUGAUUUAGUGAAUGAGACGCGCGCCAAGGCGGCUGCUCAGCUGACGACCUAUCGGCAAAGAAUGAGGCAAAGAUACAACCGGUGGGUGAUCCCCCGAUCCUUUCAGGUCGGCGACCUAGUAUGGAGAAAGGUGAAAUUGGUCGGUGACGUUGGCAAGCUGGAGGCUCCGUGGGCUGGGUCGUUCAAGAUUGUGGAGAAGCUCCGCUCGGGAGCUUAUUAUUUAGAAGAUAAAGAUGGACGGUGA